AUGCCCUGGGACAAAGACCCUUCAACCGUCACCAUGACUCUGGCCGAUGAAGCUCCGUCCAGAGGCCACGUCGCCCCCAAAUGGCGCGGCACGCAGGCCGACCAGGCCGAUAUGAGCGCUCUAGGGAGAGACCAGGUCUUGCGGCGAAACUUCCGAUACAUCUCUAUCGUAGGAUUUGGCUGCACGCUGAUCGCCACGUGGGAGGUUGUUUUGACUCUGCUUGCACAAGGCCUGACUGAUGGAGGAACUGCCGGUCUGAUCUGGGGUUUCCUCAUCGUCGCUGCUGGGUUUCUUUUGGUGUUCCUGAGUCUGGCCGAGAUGGCAUCCAUGGCCCCUACCUCCGGCGGACAAUACCAUUGGGUAUCAGAAUUUGCCCCUCCUAGCUGCCAGAAAUUCCUCAGCUACAUCACCGGUUGGUUGUGCGCUAUGGGCUGGCAAUGCGCCAUCGUGUCAAUCGCGUAUUUGGCUGGAACUAUCAUCCAAGGCUUGAUUGUACUGAACCACCCGGAAUACGGCAUGGAGCGGUGGCACGGCACCCUGCUAGUGAUCGCCAUCACCUUGUUUUCGAUCAUAUUCAACACCUUCCUAGCUAAGCGGCUACCCUUCGUGGAGGUUUUGAUUCUGAUUCUGCACGUCUGUGGUCUGUUCGCCAUCAUAAUUCCACUGUGGGUGCUUGGCCCUCGCCGUAGUGCGAAGCAGGUGUUUACCGAAUUCAACAACGGCGGGGAGUGGAACAGCGCUGGCACUGCCACUCUUGUUGGGUUCUCGACCACUAUCACGGCGCUAAUUGGAUAUGAUUGCGCUGUUCAUAUGUCGGAGGAGAUUAAGGAUGCAUCUGAGACCCUCCCAAAGGCGAUGAUCACCUCUGUCAUUAUCAACGCAGCCUCUGGUUUCGUGAUGCUUGUAACGGUCUGCUUCACGCUAGGUGACAUUGACGACAUUCUGGCCACUCCGACAGGGUACCCGUUUAUGCAGGUAUUCUACAACGCGACGGAGAGUCUUCCGGGGACGAACACUAUGACCGCCAUUCUGGUCCUGACCCUGACAGCGAGCACGAUCACGGAAGUAGCAACGGCAUCGCGCCAGUUGUGGUCUUUUGCCCGUGAUCGCGGCCUUCCUUUCUCCGAUUUCUUCGGAUAUGUAAACCCGGGCUGGAACAUCCCGUUGAACGCCGUGAUGGUCUCGCUGGCAGUAACAGUCCUCUUAUCGCUUAUCAACAUCGGCUCCACAACCGCGCUUCUCGCUGUCGUGACCCUAACCAUCGGCGCAAUGAUGUCCUCGUACAUUAUCACAAUUGCCUGUGUGCUCCUUAAGCGUAUCAGAGGACAGCCCCUCCCACCGCACAAAUGGUCACUCGGCCGGUUCGGCAUGGCAAUCAACAUCGGGGCGCUGUGCUUUCUGCUCCCGGUGUUCGUGUUCGCCUUCUUCCCACUCACCUCGACGGUGGAACCAGACACCAUGAACUGGUGCGUGGUGAUGUACGGGGGCAUUCUGAUCAUUGCGGUGGUAUAUUAUGCGUUGCGGGGACGACACCAUUACAUCCCGCCCGUGGCGCUCGUGAAGCGAGAGAUGUGA